UUCCUCUUACCCUUUCCUUUCCUUUCCUCUCCUCUCCUCUCCUCUCCUCCUCUCCUCCUCUCCUCUCCGCUCCUCUCUAUACUUCCUCCACUCCACCACUAGCUCCAUACUACACUACACUACACUAUACUACUUCCAUCCAUUUCAACCCAACUACCCAACCACUCUUGACUCAACCCAACCCUUUCAUACCCUCCAAUCCAUCCCCCCCCCCAUCUCCCCAUCCAACGAUGAAACCAUGAUCACCGGCCCGACCACAUCCCCCGGCAAUGGCGUCGUCGGGGGCUACACCGGCCACAGUAUGGCCCUCCGCAUCGCCAUUGCAACCCUGGCCGCCAUCAGCUGGUAUAACGCCAUCGAGCUGGUCAUCCUCGUCUUCGUGACCUUUGCCCAAUUCCGGGGCCCCUACUUCUGGUCGCUGCUGAUCUCCUCGCUGGGGCUCCUCCCCUACUCCACCGGCUUCCUCCUCAAAUACUUCGACCUGGCGCCCGCCGCUCUGUCCGUCACCCUGAUCACCAUCGGCUGGUACACGAUGGUGACGGGCCAGUCGGUGGUGCUGUACUCGCGGCUGCACCUGGUGCUGCCCAACCCGCGCAUCCUGCGCCAGGUGCGGUACAUGAUCACCAUCGACGCGUGCCUGCUGCACCUGCCGACGACCGUGCUCACGUACGGCUCGAACCUGGCCCCGCGCAAAGCCGCCUUCAUCGCCGGCUACAACAUCAUGGAGAAGAUCCAGAUGACCUGCUUCUGCCUGCAGGAGUUCAUCCUGUCGGCGCUGUACAUCUGGGAGACGGUGCGCAUGCUGCGCCUCGACCCGGACCGCGGCAAGCGCAAGAUCAUGUACCAGCUGGUCGCCAUCAACCUGAUCAUCAUCUUUCUGGAUCUGGGGCUGCUGGUCAUCGAGUACCGCGACCUCUACAUCAUGGAGACCAUGAUCAAGGGCGUCAUCUACAGCGUCAAGCUGAAGCUCGAGUUCGCCGUCCUCGGCAAGCUCGUCCUGCUGGUCCGCGGCCACCACGUCUGGAAGUGCGACUCCGCCCUCGCCGUCAGCAGUCCGCCGCCGCCGCCGACCGCCGUCGACGAGCAGCAGCCACCGACAAGCACAACCGGCCGCGGCGGGGCGACGAUAGCGGAGUACCCGGAUUUCGUCGACGCCACCCGCGUCACCUCGGACCUGACGCACCCGGGCACGCACGCGCCCAUCGCGACCCGCCGCCGGUCGCACCCCUGGAUGGACAGCGAGGACGUCUCGAUCGCCAUGUUCGAGCACGCCACCUGCACGACCACGCGCAGCAGCACGACGCGCAGGAGUCUCAGCGGCCGCCGCCUCGACCAUUCGCGCACGGGCCACUCGGACGUCUCGCACUCAUGGAGCGGCGAGACGCAGACCAACCACUCGUUCCUGUCGGCCACGGGCCAGGAGCGGGAAUUGAGUCCGGCCGACUUUACGGGGAAUUGGGGGAAGCCCCAGGGGAGCUUUUAGGCGGUACUUAUUCGGCUGAUUAGGUUUAUGAUUGAAUGAAUUAUGAGGUAUGCGGUGUUUGUCCGGUUUUUGGGGGGGG